ACACAAUCACAUGUCUAUUGUCCUAUCCUCCCAAAACUUUCACACUUUCUCUCUCUUUCUCUCUCACAUAUAUUGUGUCCAAUCGUCCCAAAACUCAUAUGGACUCUCUCUCUCUCUCUCUCUCUCUCUCUCAUACACAUAUAUAUUUUGUGUCCUAUCGUCCCAAAACUUUCACGCGCUCAUCUCUCCCAGAAGAAAGAGGCCUGUAUUCGAGGUCCUGAAGAGAAAAGAGGACAGGGUGGAGGAAGACAAUGAAGGUGAUAGAAAAGAUCAGAGAAGCUUCAAAGGAAGAACACAAAGUAUUGUUCUCAUUCGAAUUCUUCCCACCCAGAACACAUGAUGGUGUGGACAAACUGUUUGAGCAGUUGGAUCAUAUGUCAAUCCAUAGUCCAGCUUACUGGGACAUCACCUGGAGAGAUUCUGCAGCCAAACUCAGCCUUGAAAUGGCCAAUGUGAUGCAAAACUUGUUCUCCAUUGAAACCAUGAUGCACCUAACCUGCACCAAGAUGCCUAUAGAGGAGAUAGAUCAUGCUCUUGACACCAUAAAGUCUCAAGGCAUCCACAAUGUUCUUGCCCUCCGUGGUGAUCCCCCUCUAGGCCAAGACAAGUUUGUUAAGACCGAAGGCGGGUUCGAAUGUGCCCUUGACCUAGUAACCCACAUUCGAAACAAGUAUGGUGACUACUUUGGCAUUACGAUUGCUGGUUAUCCGGAAGCUCACCCUGACGUGCCAAGGAAGGAUGAUGGUUUGCCUACAUUGGAAGGAUACCAAAAUGAUCUUGCUUACUUGAAGAAGAAGGUUGAUGCAGGAGGAGAUCUUAUCAUCACUCAACUAUUCUUUGAUACCGAUAUUUUUCUUAAAUUUGUGAAUGAUUGUAGACAAAUUGGAAUAACUUGUCCAAUUGUUCCAGGCAUUUUGCCAAUUAAUGACUAUAGGGGAUUCUUGAAGAUGACUAGCCUUUGCAAGACAAAGAUACCAACUGAAAUAACUGCUGCAUUGAAGCCUAUUAAGGAUAAUGAUGAAGCUGUUAGAGGGUAUGGAAUUCACCUUGUAACUGAGAUGUGUAAGAAGAUUUUGGCUCAUGGGAUCAAGACAUUGCACUUCUAUACAGUAAACAAGGAGAAACCAACAUUGUCUAUAUUAAUGAAUCUUGGGUUGAUUAGUGAGAUCAAAAUCUCAAGGCCAUUGACAGAAAAAAGGGAAGAUUUCGUAAGAAUUUCGUCGGAGUUGAAGAAGAUGCUUCGUCGUUGAUCGGAUUAAAGACAGUAUAAGGAGGAUAAUAAGGCGGCACCGCCACCGCCCGUUUACUGGAUAUGUUGUGUGGUUAUGGUCUCAAGUUCCUAACCAUUUUCUUAUUACUUCUGAUCAAUUAGGCCUAUAAGAACUUUGUGUAAUCUGUUUUAUAUGAUAAAUGGAUUCAGGUCUGUAGGAAAUCUAACCUAUCUAAGUGUGUUAAAUGGGAAUGGAAUGAAUCAAAGGCUUGUGUUUUGCUAAA